UUGGUUAAUACGCAAUGCAUUCCACCAACCCUCACAGACGCUGGAGCGUCAUCUUCCUGCUGGCAACAUCCUUCCUACAACAUACGCUUUCCGUGAGUCAAAGUUCGCCGCGUUAUCUGCAAAACAUUGACAUCAGCAACAAUGCCAGCAUCAACAACAACGAGAGACUGCAGCAGAUCCUCAAAGGAGCCGGAGCCGGCUCCACGCAAAUUAAUUGGCCACAACGCUCCAAGCAGGCCACACCCGACGUUAAGACUGAGUUAGCCAAACUAAAUACCACCUAUAUCUACCAGAAUGCCUGGCCAGCGAACAAUGUGAAGCUGGGCGCUGUGACAGCCGUGAGCUUCGACAAGGCCGGCAAUGUGGUAAUCUUCCAUCGGUUGGACCGCAUCUGGAGCCAGGACACCUUCGACAAUGGCAAUCAAUAUCGGGAGAAGUACCGCGGACCCAUUCGAGAGAGCACUGUUCUGGCUCUGGAGCCUGCAACCGGCCACGUCCAAUACGAUUGGGGCAAAAACUUCUUUUACAUGCCACACGGCCUGACUGUGGAUCCCGAGGACAAUGUCUGGCUUUCGGAUGUGGCCAUGCACCAGGUGUUCAAAUUUGCAGCACGCGGCGCUGGCAACAAGCCACUGCUGACGCUUGGUGUGGCCUUCCAGCCGGGCUCCGGCAAGAAGUUCUGCAAACCCACGUCAGUAGCCAUCCUGGACAACGGAGACUUCUUUGUGGCGGAUGGCUACUGCAAUGCCCGCAUCCUCAAGUACUCCAAGGCGGGCGAGCUGAUACUGACAUGGGGCCAGAACUCCUUUGCCGGCGUCUCCUAUGAUGUGGCUCCACAGAACUAUUUUGCCAUUCCGCAUGCCCUGACUUUGGUCCCAGAGUUGGAGCUGCUGUGUGCCGCCGACCGGGAGAACGGACGGGUGCAGUGUUUCUACUCGAGCAACGGCACCUUCCACUCCCAGUACCACAAUCAACUGAUUGGCGAUCGACUGUUCAGCAUGGCUUAUACCCUGGCAGCAGGAGAACUGGUCAUUGUCAAUAGUCCCAACGCUGAGUUGGGCUUCCAUCCGGAUCAUUAUAACGAAGUGCAUGGCUUUGUGAUGAGCAUGCGGAACAGGCAAUUGGUCUCCAAAUUCGGGCCAAACAAUUUGGAAUUUAAGAAUCCCCACGAUGUGGAAGUAACAGCCGAUGGUAAUGAGAUCUAUGUGGCCGAAUUGAAUCCCAUACGCAAGUUCUUGCACAAAUCCCUGGCCAAGCCUAUGUCACUGUCGGCCACAAAGGAUGUCCAUAGUAUUAGUGGUGUGCCCGCCGAAGCACCGGCAGCAGGAGCGGACGCUAGCCAGACGACGAGACACCAUCCCAGUGGCAAGGCCGUACUGGUAGCAUCGUUAAUGCUGAUAUUUGCCGGCUCCACCUUUGCGCUGGCCCUCCUCAUGGCCAGGCGGCGAAAACGAGGUUGUCUGCCUUUUGGCGCCCGCAGUCGGCGACAUGCCUGGGAGAAGGCCCAGGGCUUCAAGCUGGGUGGACUGCUGGACAGGGACCGCAACGGCUUCGAGAAGCUCGACCAGCAGGCCAGCGAUGAGGAGCAGGAGACUCUGGCGAGUGGGGCCCCAUACGCCUAGACAGGACCAAGACUUAUGUACAUCUAACUCAAAAAUCAUUCCUAGCCUAGUUCUAGUUCUAACUACCUGUACCUCAAAGAUUCCACUUAGUUGUACACACUCUUUUUAUAUGUUCUUCGAUUUUAGUUCUGUUCUCCCUGUCGACAUCAUUUGAUAUAUUUGAAUGAAUUUCCUAUUGCGAUUGCGCUCAAUCUUUUUGAUUUGCCAAACGGGAAUAUAGUCUUAUGAAACAUCA